UAACUAAAUUAUUCACAUGUAAAUAAUUUUAAUUAUUUGCAUAAUGAAUUAAUACAAAAAAAUAAUAUUGUAGAAAUGUUGUACUGACAAAUGGCGCGACUGAGAGACUGAAAAAAAAAUCUCGAAUGUCUAUAAAUGGUCAGAAUCUAACAACAGUGUGUAUAUACAUAUCAAAGUAAAUAAACAAAAAUUAAUUAAAAAACGAGCAGAUAAUAAAUAUUAUAAAUAAAUAAAUAAAAUUAAAAAAUGGCUGUCUCGUUAAAUGAAAUUUCUGAUAACACAAAAUUAGCACGUGAGCUAGCAUUAACUGGGAAUUACGAAACAUCAGGUGUUUAUUAUCAAGGUGUAAUACAACAAAUUAAUCGACUAUUGUCAACAAUUGCGGACACUGCUAGAAAAGCUAAGUGGCAAUUAGUUCAGCAUCAAAUUGUUGAUGAAUAUGAUAAAGUUACAGCAGCGUUACGUGCUACGCAAUUAUUUAAAGUUGAUGUACCUUCUGAAAAAUUAUUAGGUCCCUCUUGUUUACAAUAUGAAGAAUCAGUAAGAGAUUCAAGUUUAUGGUCUUCCAGUGGAUCAUCAUGGAACGCACAUCAAACACGUGAUCCCGACGUGUGGCCUCCUUUAGCACCUGGUGAACAGAAAACUCCGAAAUCACAAAAUGGAGUUCGUAAACCUCAAAAUCGUGUUGCACCACGUAAAACAUCAUCAACAGCUGUUAAAAAACCAGAUGCUAAGGGAAAUAGCAAUAAUAAUAAAAAAGAAGAUAAAAAAAACUUCAAAAAAGAUGAGAAAGAAAAAAAUGACAAUGACCGUACUGAUGUUGAAGUAGAAGAGAAAAAGUUUGAGUCUUCUGGAAAUGAUCGUGAUUUAGUUGACUUGUUAGAGCGUGAUAUUGUACAAAAAAAUCCUAACAUACGCUGGGAUGAUAUUGCUGAUCUUUAUGAGGCUAAACGAUUGUUAGAAGAAGCCGUGGUUUUACCAAUGUGGAUGCCUGAUUUUUUUAAGGGUAUUCGAAGGCCAUGGAAAGGAGUUCUGAUGGUUGGACCUCCAGGUACUGGUAAAACAAUGUUAGCUAAAGCAGUUGCUACAGAAUGUGGAACAACAUUUUUCAAUGUAUCGUCGUCAACGUUAACAUCAAAAUAUCGCGGUGAAUCUGAAAAACUUGUUCGACUUCUUUUUGAAAUGGCACGAUUUUAUGCUCCAAGUACAAUAUUCAUCGAUGAAAUCGAUUCAUUGUGCUCAAGACGUGGAUCCGAGUCUGAACAUGAAGCAUCUAGGCGUGUAAAAUCAGAGUUACUUGUUCAAAUGGAUGGAAUAAGUUCUAAUAAUGAUGAUCCGAGUAAAGUUGUCAUGGUCUUAGCCGCAACCAAUUUUCCAUGGGACAUUGAUGAAGCUUUAAGACGACGAUUGGAAAAACGUAUAUACAUUCCACUCCCAAAUAGUGAAGGUCGUGAAUCGUUGCUAAAAAUAAAUCUACGCGACGUUAAAAUUGAUCCAUUUGUUAAUCUAUCAGAUGUUGCGAAAAAGCUUGCUGGUUACUCUGGUGCAGAUAUUACAAAUGUUUGCAGGGACGCUUCUAUGAUGUCAAUGAGGAAAAAAAUAGCUGGAUUAAAACCCGAUCAAAUUCGGCAAUUACCUAAAGAAGAAUUAGACUUGCCAGUAUCAGCAGCUGACUUUUAUGAAGCUAUUGAAAGAUGUAAUAAGAGCGUCUCACAAGAAGAUCUUGAGAAAUAUGACAAAUGGAUGAACGAAUUCGGCUCUUCAUGAUAACAAUAAAAAUAUCAAUUAAAUUCAUAAUAAUUAAAAUAAUUUUUCUAAUGCAUGUGAGUGAGAUCUGAUCCGCUAAAUAAUUUUUAUUCAAUUUUAAAGGCAUUUUUUAAUUAAAUUAAGUUAGAUAAAUUAAAUCC